AUGGCGAAGAUCAUGGUCCCAGCUAGCAAGCAGCCUAUCUAUAAAAAAUUAGGUCUACUUUUGGUUGCUGUAUUUGCCGUUUAUGUAUUCUUUCAUGGUGCUCAAUAUGGUAGAAGUCAAUCUCUCACUCCGAAAUACCAAACCGUACAAUCCGUUGAUUCAGGCUAUAAAUACCUCACAGUGGAUGUACCAAAGUAUUCAGGUCCUCGUGAAAAGGCUACUUUUGUUACUUUGGUACGUAAUAGAGAUCUUUAUUCAUUGGCCGAAUCUAUCAAGUCGGUUGAAGAUAGAUUCAAUUCCAAGUUCAAUUAUGAUUGGGUCUUUUUGAAUGACGAAGAGUUCACUGAUGAAUUCAAGAACGUUACAACUGCCUUGGUUAGUGGUACGACGAAAUACGGUGUCAUCCCAAAGGAGCAUUGGUCCUUUCCUGAGUGGAUUGAUCAAGAAAAAGCUGCUCAAGUGAGGAAAGAAAUGCGCGAUAAUAAAGUCAUCUAUGGUGAUUCCAUUUCUUACAGACAUAUGUGUCGUUUUGAAUCAGGUUUCUUUUACAAGCAUCCUUUGUUGAAUGAUUACGAUUGGUAUUGGCGUGUAGAACCUGAUAUCAAGUUGCACUGUGAUAUCAACUACGAUGUUUUCAAAUUCAUGAAAGAUAAUAAAAAAAAGUAUGCCUUCGCCAUUUCUAUCAAGGAGUAUGAAGCUACCAUUCCCACUUUAUGGGAAACUACCCGUGAAUUCAUGAAGUUACAUCCGGAUCUUAUCCAUGAAAACAAUAUGUUAGACUUUGUGAGUGACGAUGAGGGUCUUUCAUACAAUUUGUGUCAUUUUUGGUCUAAUUUUGAAAUUGCAUCAUUGGAUUUAUGGAGAUCUCCAGCAUACACCGCAUACUUUGAUCACUUAGAUAAAAAUGGUGGAUUUUUCUAUGAAAGGUGGGGUGAUGCUCCUGUACAUUCUAUUGGUGCUGCCUUGUUCUUGGAUCGUUCUGAAAUUCAUCAUUUUGGUGACAUUGGUUAUUACCAUGUUCCAUUCCACUCCUGUCCAAUAGACACAGGUAUCAGGAUUAUGAACAAGUGUGACUGUGAUCCAAACCAAGAUUUUACUUGGCACAGUUAUUCGUGCACUAGUAAAUUUUAUAAUGUGAACAUGUUGCGUAAACCUACUGGUUGGCAGAAACACAUCGGCUAG